GUGGCCAGGUCAUCAUGUGCGGUAGUGAACGACAGCGCUGAUUGGCUCAACGUGCCGAAUGGGGGCGGAGCGAGCAAAAUGGUGAAAGAGUAGUAUAGGUUGAAUAGCUUUGAUGGUUGGAUAUUCUGGGUUACGAAUCUCUGUCGUGAAACACGUCGAAAUCCCGAAUCAAGACUCUGUGAGAUAAACAUCCAUGCCAAUGUACGCUUCACGCACCUCGCCAGGCGAAGUCCACCCCGGCAGCGCCCCGGUGUCGAACCAAGGAAUGGCGAUGCAACCUUAUCAUUCGGCGGCUCCUUCAAUACCCGGCGUCAUGCACUCUGUUUUUCCACCAGACCAGGGCUACUACCGCCAUCCGACCUACUCGGGGAUGUCGAUGUCGAUGUACGGUCACGACCAAUACCCUGGUAUGGCUCGAUCACCGUAUGGACCUUACGCUCCUCAACAGGCCAACCCCAAGGACAUGGUAAAACCUCCUUAUUCUUACAUCGCUCUCAUAGCCAUGGCUAUCAUGAAUGCUUCGGACAAGAAGAUAACCCUGAACGGAAUAUACCAGUUUAUCAUGGACAGGUUUCCGUUCUACAGGGAAAACAAACAGGGUUGGCAGAACUCGAUACGCCAUAAUUUGUCUUUGAAUGACUGCUUUGUCAAAAUACCUCGGGACGAUAAGAAGCCAGGAAAGGGGAGCUACUGGAGCCUGGAUCCUGAUAGCUAUAACAUGUUCGACAAUGGGAGUUAUCUGAGGAGGAGAAAACGCUUCAAGAAGAAGGAUUUGAUGAAAGGAGACAAGGAGGAUCGUGAGUGUGAACUGAGGAAGGGACAAGAAGAAGGGGUCAAUCAUCCAACAGGACAGAGUGAGGAGAAAUUGGGUAAGACUAAUGGGGUUGUGUGUACUGGUGAGAUAGGUGAUGGUGGCAUGAAUCGUGAUGUGGUUCAAACGAGUGCCGCUUUGAUUACACCCAAAGUAGAACCCAUGGACUCCCCUUCGGACGUUUUAAACGAACCCUCCCCGACCCAGCCCCAUCAUCCAAUGGCUGUUGACAACCCGCUGCUCGAAUCCUCUCACCACUCGGCGAAUUACACCGUAGAAAACCUCAUGGCCAUGCGACAACGCGAAGGCGUCGUCACACACGGGAACUGUGGGACGGGCAGCGAAAUCCAAGCCAGCACCCACGCCUUACCUCCCCGCACGGGUCAGCUUCUAUCUCCGCAGCCGCUCGGGUACAGCUCUCCACAGCUCAACCAGUCUCAGCUCAAUCGAAUCACUUGCUCGAAACGGCCGGUGGUCAGCUCGCUCAAUCAUAAUCAAUACCAGUGUCCAUCUUCAUAUGACCCCGAAGCUAUGGCGAUGGGUAAGCAUAUGGCCAUCGCACCAACACCUGAAGAAAUUCAACAGGAGCAUGGACUCAAUCAACGCCUCAGCCCUCCCGGGUCUACCCCGAUCCUUGCCACGCCGUCGAGCACCGUAAACGUUCACCGCUCGAACUCGUGGUACCACGGAACGAGUCCCGAUGUGCACUCUUCGACGUCGAGUCAAGAUCAUUACGGUGGUAUGUACAACCCUCAAAGAUCUAUUUCUCUUUCUCAUGCUGCACAUCAAAACGGUCAACUAUCAUCAUCGGCGAACGCCAAUGAAAGCUGUCAGCUCUCGAUGUCGACGAUGAGUGGCUACCGGUCAUCAUCCUCAGGCUCAACCUCGGCUUCAAUGUACCCGUCAUCGGCGCAUUACAGCUAUGAUUGUUCAAAGUACUGAGACUAUGCCAAACCAAUUUGACUUUUAAACUUUCGAUUGACGAAAGGGAAAAAAAGAAACAAUAAAAAAACGCUUGAUACCAAAAUCAUUUUGAACAUUGUCCGGUUGUUUGUUUAGUAUAGUCAAAAGUUCACGAUGAUUGUGAUGAUAUGAAUCUUUUAAAAACUUUCUGGGAAAGGAACAUCAAGAAGACAGACGCACAGACAGGCAGACAACAAUACUGGUGGGUCAAGUCUAUGAUCAUUAUUCAUUUUAUAUAUUUGUAUUUAUAAAGCUAAUAAGUAAUGUUUUAAGUAUAACAGUAAGUAACAUCUGCCACAAUAUAAUGUUUACAUAACCUUUGUAAAGUCCGCAAACUCCGCAUGGAUAAAAUCAUAUGUUUGUUUGUUGUUUUUGUUUAAACUUUAAUAUUGCCCCUAGCAGUGAAAGUCUUUCAAAGUUAUCAUGAGGGAAAUCUUUAAACAAUAUCAGAGAUUGAUUUCUUUUUCUGGAAAGUUAAAAUAUUGAUAUACCAAAGCUAACAUGGGGUGGUAAUGUGCAUUAUAGUUAUGUGUUUGUUUUAUGUAUUUUAUCUUACCUCGUCUUUUUUUCUUCUCUCAAUUGAUUUUGGUUCCUUAAGUUUUGUUAUACAGUAGCAAUGCUAGUCUUGAUGUAUGUUUAUUUAGGAACAUUAAUUAAUGAUCUCGACACACAAUUAAGCCUGUUGCUGUAUUUCAUUUGUCAAUUUGUUGUGAUAUCUAGGGUCUUUUUGAAAUUUCUUAGAAGUUUUAAACAACCAUAUUCCUCCAAAUGCAUCUUUAUUUCCAAUAACUUUUCUCGGAAAUAAUAUGAUUUCGAAAUCGGAUGAGUGUGUCUUAUAUUUAUUGUUUGUACAAUUAUCUGCAUCAUCAAAUACCUGAAAAUUGUCAAUUUUAUUUGAUUUUUCUUCCUUCUUCACAAAUCACGUUGCUGAGCAACAUGUCAUUUGUAAACAAACUAGAAUAUCACAAACCAUCCCUGUUACUUCGUUGUACAAACAAGGCACCACCAUACAAAAGCUAAAAUCAUAGUGUAUAAUUCCAACAAAAAAGCUAAUCUCAGCUUUACUUGCAAAUGUAUGCUUGGAGAGAAUUAGUAGACCACCAAUAAUAAUAAUAAUAAUAUAAUCUCAACAAUGACAAUGAAUUGUCGGCUCCUUUGAUCUUGACGUCAUUUGUGGGGGAAAUAUCGUUCACAAAGUGAUAGGCAUCGUUCAUUUUUCUGCUCUUUAUUGUAUUUCCCCGGAACAAUCUUUGAAGCUGAACCCUUGAUAUUUUUCUGCCUGAUUACAUACAAAGAUCUACCACAUGAAAUUAUCCUAUACGACGUAGUCUUGCUUGGGCUCAAGUUGAAAUAAUACCGGAAGGACUCUAUACAAUCUCGUUUGGAAUCAUUCACCGACUCUGUUAUACGUCUGUAGAAUUCAUUCAAAAUUAUUUAAGAUAAUUAUUUAUGAUAUUCCUUGUAUUAUGGUCUGGAGAUUGAUAUAAACUGAUUAAUUCUAUAGAUGAAUGUUUUUGUUUUGGGGGCAAUCUCUUACCAGGCUGUUGCAGGAAAAAAAAACCCGUUACAGAUUAUUACGAUUUUCCACGAAAUGGAAUUGGUCGCUGGGAUAUGCAAGAUUCGCAGGAAAAUGUUGAAAGUUGUACCUUUUUUGUCGUUUGAAUGUUAAUGCAGGGUUUACCUUAUGCAAAUUGACUAUAUAAAGGGCUGCUGAAAUUUUUAAGAGUUGUUCAACUGUCAAGGGUGUAUAUUUGUAGUGUUAUACAUGUACCUGUUCGAAUUUGUUGUAAGAAAAUAAUUGUUGUUCUGUAAUAAUAAUAGGUUUUAGAUUUUAUUCGUCGACGGGGAAUGAGGGAAAAGGAUCACGAAUGUUCAGUCUUGUCUUCCACUUCUCAAUCGAAACCUAUCACAAGAGACCAUAUGUAAAUUAGGACACGGAUAAACAGGGUUAUUUCUUCUCUCUCUUACUUCUUACGAAAGUUUUAUGUGCAUAUCAUUAUAGAUCUGACCAAUCAGAAGAGUUUAUUGAUUGUGAUCAUUAGAUGCCUGUUAGAACUAGCUAUUAUUUUAUGUUAGAGAUAUAGCUAAAUUCUCGUGUAGAGUCUGAGCUGAGUGAGUCGCCAUAAGUCACAUUUUACUUCAUUUUUUUUUUCCAGAAGAGAAUUUAUUUAUGAUGUAGGGUUCCCCCUUUCUCAAUUUUAAUCUAGCUGCUUGAGUCAUCUUUAUUUUCCCACUUGAAUUCUCAUGACUUUCAAAAGAGAUAAACGCCAUUUUUUGGCAAUGAUACGUCGAAUUUGCUCACAACUUUUUAAUGAUAUAUUAUAAGAAAGCAGGGAGCGAUGACCCCAAUAUGAUGAAACUGAUUUGAAAUACUUUUUUCCACGGAAAAGAGCAAGAAGAGGUUACUAACCGGUCUAAAUCCUUUCUAUUUCAUCUCACCUUUCAGUUCAAAUUGAAUUAGUUCUUGAAUGCAUAGAUUAAACUCCAUGUAUAAAUAGAAAUGUCAAUACAGUACCGGCUCUCGGGUGCACUAUUGUUGUCGGUGUGAGGUCGGCUGAAGAUUUCUUGCAGUAUUUCACUCUCACUGAUAAGGGUUUGCCCAGUGUGAUGCAUUUUGGGUGUAAAAUUGUCCUGUACUUUGAUUUUACUGUUAAAGUACAAGAGUGGGAUAUAAAUUGUGAGAUGAAGUAGUUACGGAUAUUAGUAAGUGUGUAGAUAAACUUUAGAUAAUAAGGAGGAAGGACUUUUGCCCCAAUUACGUCGUGAAAAAGGGUCGUUCUUGAUAACAAAAGACAUUUCUCAAGUUUCUAAUUCCCUUUACCGGUUAUGAAUGUUGAAAAGAGGUUGAAGAAACGUCCUUAGAAUGUGUGAGAAUGUUAUCAACUCCCGAAGCGCUAAAAGAAAGAAAAAAGAUAAUUUAAAUAAACACUAUCAUUGACUGGUUUAGAGUAACAAGUCAAAUUUGCAGAUCCAAAUUGGGGGUAAGUCUCCAUGGAAUAAUAUUCCUAUUAAGAGUUGAACCCGUGAGACCUGAAUUUAGACUAUGGUGUAAUAUGUGGAGUGCCAUAUUUCAGGCCAUCUUAUUAUGUCCUUAUAUAGUUUUCAUCCCACGAUUCACAUGCAUCGACUUAAUAUGCCGUACAUGAAAUAAAUCAAUAUGGCAGUUUGGGAAGAGUGUGAGGUUGUGUCGCUAUGUAAAUGUUGCCCGUCACUUGAGCCGUACACACGGGGUAGCUCACGCGUCGGUAAUCUCUACGUUCUUCGUUGCAUUCGAGUCGCUCCGUCGAAUCUCUUAUCGGAGACUGAAAAGAAAGAAAAAAAAUGUAUGGGGAGAGACAGAGAAAAAUGGCUUCAAUCGGAUUAAUUUUCCAUGAGUGAAUUUUGAGAUUACGAUUUAAUUGAAAUCUCGACCCGGUCUGACAGCGAGCCUUGUGUGAUUCAGACGGAGAUAUAUAUAUGAUAGAAGACACCAGUGUUGUGUGUAUAUUUUUCACGUAAAUUAUUCUUGCCAUAAAUCAUAUCCAUAUUAUAUACGUCACGCAUUUUUUCCCCCAAGAACAACACUUUAACUUAAUCGAGAGAGUUUAGAUGUUCGAAUUGCUACGUGGCUGAGUCAUUAAUUGUUUUAAGUUUCCUGUUUUAAGAUAUGAUUUUGACAUCAUUCAUAAUUUACUUUGUCAGUCUGUCUGAAUAUUACUGCAUAAUUUAACAAAAUAGCCAAACAAAUUCUCACAACUCCUGUGAUUCCAUUAUUAUACACAGUUUACACACCGUGUUUGAUUAUGGUUAUUAUUUUAUUUUGAUAGAUCUCGUGUAAAUGAUUUUUCGUUAACUGUUCAGUUCAUCGUUUAAUAAGCCCCUCUAUAUGUUUGUGUUGGUAAUCAUGUUUAAGUGAAAUGUAAGUAGUCCUUAAGUCAUUUUUUAUUUACUAAUAUUUCAAACGGCAACAAAUUUUGCCAGAGUGAAAUGGAUUUGUUAGAGGGCCCAAUGUGUACAUUCUGUAGUCGUAAGUCAUGAAUGUAGAAGUAAAUGACUUAGCGAAUGAAACGAUAUUUACUAUUUCAUUUUUGCAGCCAGCCACGUGUAAGAAAAUCUUUGAGAAUUGUCAGUUCUGGAAAUCGAAUAUUUCAAUUUUCCUGUUUGUAUGUCACAUCACUUUUUAUCGUGUUUCUUAUUUUCUCUCAUGUCAGGGACAAUAACUGAUUAUAGUCCAAGCAAAGUUUAUAAAUGUUCAGUGAAAAUAUUAACUAUUGUUUUUAUGAAUAUUGAAAAUAAACAGAGGCAUCAUUCUUGCUCAUUGAAAA